AUGGCCACCUACCGACAUGGCAAAGACCGUCCGCGGCCGGACAGCGUGGGCGUUUUAGCUCUCGAAGUCUACUUUCCGACACAGCACGUUUUGAUGUCGGACAUGGAGCUCGCGGACGGCUGCCCCGGAAAGUACACCCGUGGAUUGGAACAGGAAGCUAUGUCGUUCUGCAGCGACCGCGAGGAUGUGGUGUCCAUGGCGCUCACGGUGGCGAAGUCACUGAUGGACAAGUACCGUGUGCGGCCUGCGGAAGUGGGGCACUUGCAAGUCGCCACUGAGUCGGCAGUCGAUCGCAGUAAGAGCAUCAAAUCCCACCUCAUGACCCUCUGGCGGCGGGCUGUGGGCGGAGGUCCUCCCGCAGAGGGCGUCGACUGCGUGCAUGCCUGCUAUGGCGGUACGGCAGCUCUGUUGGCGGCGGUGGACUGGGUGGAGAGCCGGCGCUGGGACGGGCGUCUGGCACUGGUGGUGGCGGCGGAUGUAGCGCUGUACGCACCGGGCACGCCAGCGAGACCGACGGGUGGCUGCGGCGCCGCCGCGAUCCUCGUGGGCCCUGACGCGCCGCUGGUGCUGGAUCCGUUGUGGUACGGCAGCCAUGCGGAACACUCCUGGGACUUCUACAAGCCAUUGGGCACACUGCCGUACCCCGCCGUGGACGGUCCUCGGACGCUGGUGCAAUAUCUGCGGGCCAUGGGGAUGUGCGGCAUGCGGCUGUUGGACAGAGUGCAGCGGGCAGGAGAGCUGGCGCCGGAAGAAGGUGUGCACCACUUCGUAGCUCAUGCGCCCUUCAGCAAGCUGGCAAGAAAGGGACUGGCUCGACUGGCGUUGAUGGAUGCCAUUUGCCGCGCGGCGGCAGGUUUGUCGUCGUACGAGUCGUAUGCCACGUGGCGGCUGGAGGACAAGGAGCUGGAGGCACAGCUGGUGGCUGGGACGACGUUGGAGUGGCGUGAGAAGGCGGAGGACGGCUCCUGGCUGCAGAAGCAGGUGGGCAACUCCUACACGGCCUCCGUGUGGCAAGGCCUGGCCAGUUUGGUGUGGCGGCAGGGGGCCCAACUAGCUGGGCGCCGACUGCUGCUCUUUUCCUUCGGCUCCGGAACCAUCGCCUCCCUAUUUAGCUUGGUCUGCGGUCCGAGCGACCCACGGUUCACCCUCGAGUCCAUUCAGGGUGUGCUGGAUCUAGGUGAGCGCUUGCGCGCCCGAGUGCGGCGCCCGUUGGAAGUGUUUGAUGCGGUUUCGGCGCAGGUAGUCGCGUCGUACGCAUGUCCCGUGCCGUACGAGCCCCGUGGAGACGUGGCGGACGUGGCGGCGGGUUCGUACUACCUGCUACGGGUGGACGAGCACAGCAGGCGAUGGUACGGCCGCAAGGUGUAG